AUGUCGAACUUCUCGCAUCAGAUGAGGCUCUCGUCUUCUCUGAUCAAACGGUUACGGCAAAGUUUUGGCGCUGUAAAUACAAGAUCUUUUACCACAACUGAAGGCCACCGUCCCACUAUAGUCCACAAGCGUAGUCAGGACAUUCUUCACGAUCCAUGGUUCAACAAGGGAACAGCAUUCUCCAUGACAGAACGUGAUCGCCUUGAUCUUCGCGGGCUUCUGCCUCCAAAUGUUAUGUCUCCUGAACAGCAAAUUGAUCGCUUCAUGGCUGACCUGAAGAGGCUUAAAGUGAAUGCAAGAGAUGGACCAUCUGAUCCAUAUGCUUUGGCCACGUGGCGGAUACUUAAUCGUUUGCAUGACAGAAAUGAGACCAUGUACUAUAAGGUUAUUGGAUGGUUCCGAAUCCAUGAGAUGGCCAAAGGACAAUAG